UGCGAGGGGAGGGAGAAUGACGGCUAUUUAAGGGCUGGAGUUUAAAGCAAUGGGUGUCUGACCUAAACACUCCUCACACUUUAAAAGACAUUUACUCCCACUCUCUCCCUCUCUCUCCCCCCCUCUCUCUCCGUCUCUCUCCCUGCUUUUGACUCACUCCCUCUCUGUCAGCGAAGGAGCUGAACUCCAGCCUGAGCUGUGAGGGGAGAUAAGGAGCUGGCUGAGGGAGGACUGACGGAGCUGCCACCUUCCUGGAGAAGCUGUGACUCAACAGACAGAAGCAUCAUUUUUUUUUUGGCUUGGAGGAGCUCUUCAUGGGGGUGUGACAAAAAGUAGAUUCCGCCAUUGCAGAUCUUCCACCAAUAACCAAGAUUGGCCUUUAGCCAGAGCUCUAAACGAAUAUUUAUUUCUCUAAUUCCGCGUCCCACAUCUACCAUGGGUACUCAAAGCCUUCUGAGCUGCGUUCUCCUAAUUGCUCUGCUCAGCUUAUCAAACGCUGGGCUUGUGAAGAAAAUCAUGCGGCAUCGACAACAGACUGUGGCGUUCCCUAAAGAACAUAACAUCACCCUCCCCAAUGCAGAACAGCCCGUGGUUUUCAACCAUGUCUACAACAUCAAUGUUCCUGCCAGCUCCUUGUGCUCGGUGGACCUGGACGCCCCGGAAAGCACUCAGCUCUAUCCUAAAGAUGCAGCCGUCUCCCCGGGCCAUCGCAUCACCGAACACACACUUGACAAGGAGAACCAGAUCAUCUUUACCCACCGCAUCAACAUACCUCGGAAGGCCUGUGGUUGCAGUGACGACCUGCCUGGCCUGAAAGACCUCAUGAGCCGGCUGGAAAUGCUUGAAGGAGAAGUUUCAGCUUUGAGGGAUCACUGCAGCAGUGCACAAGUUACAGGUAAGGUGGGAACAAAGCCUUUCUGCAAUGGUCAUGGAAACUACAGUGCUGAAACCUGCGGCUGCAUUUGUGAUCCAGGCUGGAAGGGACCCAACUGCACGAAGCCCGAGUGUCCCAAUAACUGCCAGCAGCGAGGACGCUGCGUGGACGGAAAAUGUGAGUGCUUCAAGGGUUUCACUGGAGCAGACUGCACUCUCGAAGUCUGCCCUGUGGACUGCGGACCACAAGGCCGGUGUGUGGGCGGCAGUUGUAUCUGUUCGGACGGUUUCUUCGGUGAAGACUGCUCUCAGAGCAAGUGCCUGAACAACUGCCUUGGCCGUGGUCGUUGUGAUGAUGGAGACUGUGUGUGCGAUGAACCUUGGACUGGCUUUGACUGCUCUGAGCUCAUCUGUCCCAAAGAUUGCUACGACCGUGGACGUUGUGACAACGGCACCUGCUACUGUGAUGAAGGAUUCACCGGGGAGGACUGUGGAGAUCGUACCUGCCCCAACAACUGUCGUGGUAAUGGUUUCUGUGUUGAUGGCCGGUGUGUCUGCACUGCUGGCUACAGUGGAGAGGACUGCUCCCAGCUUACCUGCCUCAAUGAUUGUAAUGGCAGAGGCACAUGUUUCAAUGGGAUGUGUAUCUGCGACACUGGUUACCAAGGCGAAGACUGCAGCCAGUUGGCAUGUCUGAACAACUGCAACAACAGAGGCCAGUGCAUAAAUGGACAGUGCGCCUGUGAUGUUGGCUUCCAGGGAGAUGACUGCUCCGAGCUGUCCUGUCCCAGCAGCUGCCUGCACAGGGGGCGCUGUGUUAACGGCCAGUGUGUUUGCGAGGAAGGCUUCGCCGGCGAAGACUGCAGCAUCCGCACCUGCCCUUCAAACUGCUACGGCCGUGGCGAAUGUAUUGACGGACGCUGUGUGUGUCAUGCAGGCUUCACUGGUGAGGACUGUGGUGAGCUGAGCUGCCCCAACAACUGCAGAAACCGUGGCCGGUGCAUCGACGGACAGUGUGUUUGUGAUGAAGGAUUCAGUGGAGAAGACUGCAGUCAGAAAGCUUGUCCCAACGACUGCCUGGCUCGGGGUUACUGCCUCGAUGGCAAGUGCGUCUGUCGGGAAGGCUACUCAGGAGACGACUGCUCUGUGCUCACCUGUCCAGAUAACUGCAACAACAGGGGGCGCUGCAUCAACGGGCGGUGCUCGUGUGAGAGCGGAUAUGAAGGGGAAAGCUGCGCAGAGCUGAGCUGCAUUAACAACUGCCAGGACAAAGGCCGCUGCGUGAACGGUCAGUGUGUGUGUGAUGAGGGAUACAUCGGAGAGGACUGCUCAGAAGUGUCUCCUCCAAAGGACCUCAUUGUCGGCGAGGUCACCCCCGAAACUGUGGAUCUGUCCUGGAACAACGAGAUGCUGGUCACAGAGUACCUCAUUACCUAUGUGCCCACCUUUCCUGGGGGUCUUCUGCAGGAGCUCACUGUGUCAGGAGACAAAACUGCAGCCACUGUGAAAGAGCUUGAACCUGGCAUUGAGUAUUUUAUCAACGUCUACGCUGUGCUGAGCAAUAAGAGGAGCAUCCCUGUCAGUGCGAGGGUGGUCACAGAUCUUCCACAGCCAGAGGGUUUACGAUUCAAAUCAGUGAGAGAGACGUCAGUAGAGGUAGUGUGGGACCAGCUGGACAUCCCCUUUGACGGCUGGGAGAUCUAUUUCCGCAACACGAAAGAAGAAAAUGGAAAAGUUUCGAGCACCCUCCCGUCCUCUCAAACCCAGUUCCUCCAGACGGGGCUUGGUCCAGGGCAAGAGUAUGAAGUCUCCAUCAACAUCAUCAAGAACAACACCAGAGGACCCCAAACAUCCCAAACAGUCACCACUAAGAUCGAUGGACCCCGGCAGGUGGAGGUCAAGGAUGUAACCGAUUCCUCGGCUCUGAUCAGCUGGUCUCAGCCGGUGGCUCCCAUGGACAAAGUCACCAUGUUUUACCGGCCCAGCUCCAACCCCUCAGAUGAAACCUCUGUGGACAUUUUCCCUCCAGACAAGCAGUACAGCGUUGAUGGUCUGAGGUCCGACACUGAAUACACAGUGUCACUCAUCUCCAGGAGUGGAGAACUCUCCAGUGAUCCAGCCACUGCCGCAUUCACUACAGCCCUGGAUGCCCCUGCAGACCUGCAGGCUAUCUCCCAGACAGACAGCAGCAUCACUCUGGAGUGGACCAACAGUCAGGCAGCUGUUGGCAGCUAUCGAGUUAAAUACAGUCCCAUCUCUGGAGCGACUCACGGUGAGGAAGUGUUCCCACGAGGUCCAAGACGCACCACACAAGCUACUAUCACUGGGCUGAAGCCAGGAACUGAGUACGGGAUCGGAGUGACUGCUGUGAAGAGUGAGAGAGAGAGUCUUCCUGCUACUACUAAUGCAGCAACUGACCUCGACCCUCCCAGAGAUUUUGAGGAAGUUGAGUCCACAGAAACAUCUCUCAGCGUGAGGUGGCAGAAACCGCAGGCCAAAGUCGGUGGAUACCGGCUGGUGUACAUCUCCAAGGACGGACAGGUGGAGGAGGCAGAGAUCCCGGCCUCAGCCACCAGCUAUGUCCUGACUAAUUUGACUCCUGGGAUGAGCUACACCCUCAGUCUGACUGCAGAGAGAGGACACAGGAGGAGCAAGCCCAUCUCCUUACCUGCAUCUACUGCCUCUUUCACUUUUUAUUUAGCUGACUCAGAUGACCAGGAGUUCACAGCUCCUACAGGCUUGGAGGACAAUGUCAUUAGCUUUGUGCAGUUAGACCCCUCUGAGUCCCAGUUUUCUGGGACGGAGCCUGAGGAUGAGCUUGGAGCGCUGACUGUCUCAGGUGUCACGCCUGACGGAUUUGACCUCUUGUGGAAAUUAAAGCCUCAAAAUAUCUAUGACAAUUUGGCAGUAGAAUAUAAAGACAUUCAGCGAUUGUGGGAUGUGAGAGAGAUGCAGCUUCCUGGAGAUGCCCGAGGCUCUAAAAUCCAUGGCCUGAAGGCAUCGACAGAAUAUCAAAUAAAACUUUACGGAAUAACGAGUAGCGAGCGAUCUGCACUACUUGAAGCUGUUGCAGUCACAGCACCAAAGCCUACCUCUCCAGAUGUGCUUAUGCUGAGUAUCAAAGACGCCCCGACACCCCCACAGUCUGUUCUGGAUAAUGAUAACUCAGUUUCCCUCUAUCCUCUAAACACUGAAGCACCUUCCACUUCUGAUACCGGUGUGAGGAGCUCCGGGGCCGAGCCUGAGAGCUCAGGCAUGGACGUACUGAGUGGCCUCACAGUCAAUGUUACCGCCACUACUGUAAUCCUGGCCUGGUCUGCGCCUGAGGAGGCGUUCAAUAGCUUCCUGGUGGAGCUUAGUGCUGCAUCAGCAGCGAUGCAGCCUCAUGUGACCACACUGCCAGGAAGUGUGAGGAGGGCUGAAAUACAGGGUCUGUCUCCCUCCACACACUAUGAUAUUACAUUACAAGGGCUGGUGGAAGGGAAGCCAUCUUUGCCUCUGAAAGUUUUUGCCACUACAGCGGAGCUGAAUCCAAUGGUGGUGAACCUCACCAUCUCUGACAAUACAUGGGACAGCUUCACUGCGUCCUGGAGCCCCUCCGGUGGGGAGUUUGACAGCUUUGUCAUUGAGGUAACAAACCUGGACAAUUUCGCAGAGAGCCAGAACCUCACUCUGUCUGGAGACGCUUUAAGCCUGGGCAUCUCUGGGCUCAAUCCCAACACCAGCUACAUGGUUGGCCUGUAUGGGAUGUAUCAGGGCUCCUUCCUGGAGCCUGUGUACACUGAAGCCACCACAGUGAAACAACCAGUGAUUGGCAAACUGUAUAUCUCAAACUUAACGUCAGAGAGCUUUUCAAUCCUCUGGAACAACACUGAAGGAGAGUUUGAUGGUUUUGUCUUGGAGAUAAUUGAUUCUGAUUGGCUGGUGGAGCCAAAGGAACAUAACAUAUCCCGCAAUGUCCAGUCCCAUGAUGUCACAGGGCUCCGGCCCAGCACUGAUUACGUAGCCUACCUCUAUGGGACAUACAAGGGAUCUCGAACAAGUGCUGUCAGUAUUGUUGCAUCAACAGCUGAAGAGCCUGAUUUGUCCAAGCUAGUUGUUUUUAACAUUACCUCAGACAGAUUCUCUCUGUCAUGGCUGACAGGAGAGAGGGCUUUUGAUAAGUUUAUAGUAGAAGUCAGGGAGUCUGCUUUGCCCUCGCAGGCGAUGGGGCGCGCUCUACCCGGAGACGUGCGCUCCACAGUAAUGGCCGGGCUCAAAGCGAGUACAAGCUACAACAUAAAGCUGUACGCCAGCGUUGGUGACGGUGGACAGAACACUCAGCCUCUGUUCGCUGUAGCUACAACAGAGGACGUCCCACAGUUGGGGCCCAUAGCUGCUUCAUCUGUGAGUCCACAUAACCUGAGCUUGUCCUGGAACACUGUGUCAGGCCACUUUGACGGCUUUGUUGUCCGGGUCACUGACUCUGAGCAGCAGUCUGACCCACUGGAGUUCAGACUGCCGGGUGAAAUCCGUAACUUUGUGGUCUCAAACCUGAUGGACGCCACUGGCUAUGAUAUUGAACUGUACGGUAUUUCUCAUGGGCGCCACACUCCCUCUGUGUUAGCCCACGCUGUCACAGCUCCCUUGCCUAAAGUGGAAAACUUGACCAUUUCCAACAUAACCCCCUACGGCUUCCGUGUGUCUUGGGAGGUGAAGCAGUCGCUGCAGCAGGAGGAAUUAGCGCCUUCUAGUGGUGGCUUCAGCAGUUUCCACAUAGUGGUGACCGACUCCGGCUGGCUGCUGGAGCCGCAGGAGUUCACUGUGCCUGGAAACCAAAGUCACCUGGACAUCUGGGGCCUCAUCACCGGCAUAGGCUAUGAGGUCAGGCUGACCGGGGUGUCAGAGUCAGGGCUUCUCUCUCGGCCUCUGACGACAGUGGCUGUGACAGAGGCUGAGCCGGAAGUGGAUCAUCUCUUUGUGUCGGACAUCACAGCUGACAGUUUCCGUCUGUCGUGGGCGGCUGAUGAAGACCUGUUUGACAGAUUUGUGAUCAAAAUAAGAGACAGCAAAAGAUUAGCCCAUCCUCAGGAGUUCAACGUUGGCGGUGAGGAGCGAACCAAGGUUCUAACUGGACUCAUGGGUGGCACUGAAUAUGAAAUCGAACUUUAUGGUGCCACACUGGAACAUCGGUCUCAACCUAUUACAGGGGUUGCUCAGACAGGCCUGAGCACCCCACGAGGACUUCACUUCUCUGAAGUCACUGACUCUUCAGCCAUAGUUCACUGGUCCAUGCCUCGCUCCCCAGUGGAUAACUACCGCAUCACUUAUGUGCCAUUUGAAGGAGGAAGCCCGAUGACUGUGACUGUGGACGGAGGUGUGUUUAAAGCUUUGCUGCCCAACAUGAUUCCUGGAAAGAUGUACCAGGUGACUGUGAGUGCUGUGAAGGGUCUGGAGGAAAGCGACCCCAGCACAGACACAAUAACCACAGCUUUGGACAGACCUCAGGGCCUGACUGCAGUUAAUGUCACUGACACAUCAGCCUUGUUGCUGUGGCAACCAUCUGUAGCCACUGUCGAUGGCUACGUCAUCACAUACAGGGCUGACUCAGUUUCCCCAGUGGUGGAGCAUGUUUCUGGGAACAUAGUGGAGUUUGAAAUGGGCUCUCUGGUCCCAGGAACCCACUACACAGUCGGAGUUCAUGCAGUAAAACAAGUUCAGAAAAGUGGCUCUGCUGUCACUGAAUUCACCACAGAUGUGGAUCCUCCUCGUGAUCUGACAGCUGUUAACAUUCAAACUGACAGUGCGACUCUGACGUGGAGGCCACCUCACGCUGCUGUCACCGGUUACGCUCUCACCUUCUCCUCUGCUGAUGGUACAAUUAGGGAAGUGGUUCUGAGCCCAACGGCGUCCUCUUAUAGCAUGUCCCAGCUGACUGGAUCCACAGAGUACAACGUGAGGCUUCAAGCCAUCGCUGGAGCCCAGAGGAGUCGCCACGUCACCACCAACUUCAUGACCAUUGGACAGCUGUAUAGGCGUCCCAAAGACUGUGCUCAGAUUUUACUGAAUGGAGAGACGACCUCUGGUCUGUACACCAUCUAUAUCGGAGGGGAGGAGACGCAGGCCAUCCAGGUGUACUGUGACAUGACGACAGACGGCGGAGGAUGGCUGGUUUUUGUCCGACGCCAGAAUGGAAAGCUGGAAUUCUUCAGGAACUGGAAGAACUACACUGCUGGCUUUGGUAACAUGAACGAUGAGUUUUGGCUGGGUCUCUCCAAUCUCCAUAAAAUCACGUCUUCAGGCCAUUAUGAGCUUCGAGUGGACUUGAGGGAUAACGGGGAGUCAGCCUACGCUCAGUAUGACAAGUUCACAAUUGCAGAGCCAAGAACACGCUAUAAACUCUACAUAGGAGCCUAUAGUGGAACAGCAGGUGACUCCAUGACCUACCACCAGGGUCGGCCCUUCUCCACCUACGACAACGACAACGAUAUCGCUGUGACCAACUGCGCCUUGUCCUACAAAGGUGCCUUCUGGUAUAAAAACUGUCAUCGUGUCAACCUCAUGGGGAAAUAUGGUGACACCAGUCACAGUAAGGGGAUCAACUGGUUCCACUGGAAAGGCCACGAACACUCAAUCCAGUUUGCAGAGAUGAAGAUCAGGCCGGCCAACUUCAGAAAUUUUGAGAGCCGAAAAAAGCGAUCAUAGACUCGUGAGCCCCUCCUCCUCCUCUUCUGCACCUCAUCUCCAGCCAUCAACACUCCCUCGUCUUUAAAUCGCUCUCUGACACAAACACAAACCCAGGCACGUUGUCAUUCAGUUCUGGCUGAGAGAAAUGAAACCUGGUGACAUUACACCAAAGAAUCAUUUGAGAAUUAGCCGUUUUUGCAUAGCUGUCCCAAUUUGGCGCUGUUGUUACAUGUGAUUGUGUUUGUGCGUUCCCAAAGAAAGUAGCUGUAGAUUUGUUUGAUUGCUGUGAAUGGACAUACAUGUGUUACCGGGACCAAAACAUUCUGCAUUCAUCUGUAAAAUUUAAGAGUAAAAAGGAUCCACUGAAUCAGUGAGAUGUCAUGGGCACAUAAUCACGAGGCAUCGCAUCCCCUGAAAAAAUUGGAAAGUUCUUCCAUCGUAAAUUGAAUUCUUGACAAGAAUAGAGUCUUAAAAUCUUAAUGAGCAUAAAUUAAAUGUAAAGUUUACUGUACAACCAUCCACUAACACUAUUCAUAUUUAAAUUUUGAUUUAAAUAUUUUGAUAGAGAGAAAAAAAAGAUUUGAUGCUCUGUAACCUUCAGUACAAAUAAAAAUGUUAGUUUGAUAAA